UCCUCCCUGCCAUCAUUAGGUCGGAGGCAACAUACUAAAGAAAAAGGAAAAGUUGCAGAAAAUGAAGAUCAAUAGAAACAGCUCAAGGCUCCUCAAGCCAAGCUAUCAGACCCCAAUCCAGCCUCCUACCGACGUCUUGAUGCCUCUAAGCCCCUUCGAUACGGUCACAUUUCAGAUUCAUGUUGGCAUCUUGUUUGCCUACAGACCACCCAACCCAUCAAAUGAAGUCAUCGAGCAAGGGCUCCGUCGGGUCCUUGCUGAGUACAGAGAGUUCGCCGGCCGCCUUAUUUUCAAUGACAAUGGCCACCAGUGCAUCCUUCUCAAUGACGAGGGAAUGCGCUUCAUCGAAGCCAACUCUGACUCCCCUCUCGGUAGCUCGAUCGACAAUCCAUCUCCAUAUUACCUUGACAUGCAGCCAGAUACCACGGGCAUAGAGGAGUUGGCUCAGGUGCAGAUCACCAGGUUUACUUGUGGUUCCAUGGUGGUGGGCUUCACUGCACACCACGCAGUCGCAGAUGGGCUUGCAGUCAGCCAAUUCUUCGUAGCAUGGGGCCAAACGGUGCCAGACGGCCUCCCUGUUCAAAGUCUCCCACUGCAUGACCGCUCCAUCUUUAUCCCUCGCAACCCUCCUUUCUUUCAGUUUGAACAUAGCGAGAUUGAGUAUACGGCCUGUCUAGGAAAGGCCAAGCACCCAGAGCUACAACACACUAUCGUGAUGGAAAGGGCACACAUACCUUCUGCAUUUUUAGAGAAACUCAAGUCCAAGGUCUCUGGUGACAAUCCUUGUGAUAAGCCUUAUACUACGUUUGAGUGCCUUACUGCCCACCUUUGGAGAAAUAUCACCCGUGUCAGGAAUCUAGAAGGGGAGUUGACUACAAAAGUAAGAAUUUCAGUGAACGGUCGCUUUAGAAUGAGGAAACCUACUGUGCCCAUGAGCUACUUGGGGAAUGUGGUGUUGUGGGCUUGGCCUCGCUCUACGGUGAAAGACCUCUUGUCCAAGCCAGUGGGGCAUGCAGCUAGGCUCAUACAUGAUGCAGUGGCUCGAGUCGAUGACGACUACUUCAAGUCAUUCGUCGACUUCUCAAGCUCCAAGGAAAAGAUGGAAGGGCUGGUGCCGAGUGCGUAUGAGGAAGUGGUGGUGUUGAGCCCCGACUUGGAAGUGUCCUCCUGGUUGAGAAUCCCCUUCUAUGACAUGGACUUUGGUACAAACCCUCCUCACCUCUUUGUACCUUUGUAUUCGAGAGUAGAAGGGUUCUUGCAUAUCCUGCCUUCCUUCACUAGCAUUGGAGAUGUUGAUGUCUUUAUUUCUCUCUUGGACAAGGACAUGGGAUCCUUCAUAUUCAUAGAUGGACUUUAUUAUUUAGAUUAGGAGUACUUAUAUGUCAAACCUAAUGUAUGUUGUUAAACAUAAUGCUCUCUUUCAUCCUUUUUAUUUUCACUUGUUUAGGUAGUCUCCAUGUUGUUCUAUGGACAACUUCAGUGAAUUGUGGUGAUCAUGUGAUUUGAUAUCUUUCUUGUGUGGUUAUCAUAUGUUUCAAUUCACAACACAAUUUUGACA